CGCCAAAGUCUGUAAAAAAUUGCUGCCGGGUUCACAUGCUGCUUAGCAUCGACGUUUUCAAUUAUUUGGAAACUAUAGCGUCUUUUUAAGCUAUUUAUCUCGAAAGUAAAGUUUGCAAUCAUCCAACCAAAAUGUCAUCCCAAGAUGAAGAGCGAAUGGAGGUGGCCGAGGACCAGAACAUCGAAGAUGCAGUGAUAGCCGGUGCUAGCGAUGACGACGAAGAUCAGGAAGAUGAUGCCAUGGAGAAUAACGAAGAUGAUAAAGAUCAGGUAUACCUACCCGGUCGGAAGCUGAACAACGACGAGGAGCUGGUGUGUGAUGAAUCUGCUUACGUGAUGCUACACCAAGCACAUACCGGAGCUCCGUGUUUGAGUUUCGAUAUCAUACAGGAUCCGCUGGGAGAAGAUCGAGAAACGUUUCCAUUGACUGCCUUUCUGGUAGCCGGCACCCAAGCAGCCCGGACCCAUGUCAAUAGCGUAAUUGUAAUGAAAAUGUCCAAUCUUCACAGAACCUCUAAGGAGCGAGAUGAGGACGAAGAAUCGGACUCUGAUGAAGAAUAUGCAGAUGAUGAGGACGAAAAGCCACAGAUGAACUGUGCAUUGAUCAAACAUGCUGGAUGCGUCAAUAGGAUUCGGGCUACAACGUUCAAUAAUACGCAUUACGUGGCCAGUUGGAGUGAAAUGGGUCGUGUACAUAUUUAUAACAUAAGCGAUCAAUUGGCGGCUGUAGAUGAUGAACAUGCUUGUAAAACGUACGAAAAGAACAAGGUCGGAGAUGACGUUAAACCAGAUUUUACCUUUUCUGGCCAUCAGAAGGAAGGAUUUGCCCUCGAUUGGUGCACUACAACGCGCGGCAUGUUAGCUACUGGAGAUUGCCGCCGAGAUAUACACAUUUGGAAACCGAAUGACAAAGGCGCUUGGACCGUCGACCAACGGCCACUGGUUGGGCACACGGAUUCUGUUGAGGAUAUCCAGUGGAGUCCAAACGAGCCAAAUGUGUUGGCCAGCUGCUCCGUGGACAAAUCCAUUAGGAUCUGGGAUGUAAGAGCGCCCCCCUCGAAGGCUUGCAUGCUUACAGCUGAAAAUUCUCACGAAAGUGACGUCAAUGUUAUCAGUUGGAAUAGAAAUGAACCAUUGCUAGCAAGUGGUGGCGAUGAUGGUGUUCUUAACAUUUGGGACCUUCGUCAUUUUCAAUCCAAGUCGGUAGUUGCAACGUUCAAACACCACACGAAUCACAUAACAACGGUCGAGUGGCAUCCGAAGGAAUCAACGAUACUGGCCUCGGGUGGUGACGACGAUCAAAUUGCCAUGUGGGAUCUCUCGGUAGAGCGUGACGACGAUACCGAACGGAACGAUCCACAGCUCAAAGAUUUGCCGCCACAACUGCUAUUCAUUCACCAGGGUCAGAACGAAAUCAAGGAAUUACACUGGCACCCGCAGCUGAAAGGAGUUAUACUGUCCACGGCCCACAGUGGAUUUAAUGUUUUCAGAACCAUCAGUGUUUAAACACGGCUUUCUUUUUUGUCACUUCAGAUAUUUACCAUUUUAUCGGUACAGCUUGUAUAUCGUUUAUAUUAUUUUCAAAAAUAAAAGUUUCAAAUAUCACUUACCUAGAGACAGAACUUCAA